CGCAAUUUCGCGUGCAUUCGGGAGAAAUUCGACGUGAGCAGUAGCGCAGGGCAGCAGGGAUGUGCCCGUGGUUCAACGAAGCCCCACAAGAAACCCCACAAUGAGGUUUUGAGGCUUGGUGAGUUGCGGUAGCCGGUGGGUGCGAUGGCGGAGGGCCAGGCAUCCCCGGCGCUUCAAAGCCUGCAGGAGCUGGUCUACAAGCUUGGUGAGCAAGCCAAGCAGCCAGAAAGAACAGCUCAAACAUGGGGCCAGAUCUCACAGAAAACACUGGUGCAUGUUUGUUUGCACGUUUCGUGUUUCACUCAGGCCAUCCAUCUCCCUCAACGCGCGACGCGGCGCUGUGCAACCUGCAGCAGAAGCUGUCGGACGGCCUUGUGACGGUGGCCGACCUGGAGCACACCAUUGGGCUGGGCCCGCUGGUGCUCCACUGGAUCAACGACAGGCAGCUGGAGGCGGCAGCCGCUCUGCCACUCGCACUCGACCUGCUCAAUCGGAUUGCAAAGGUCAGUCAAGGCGUCAGACAGAUCACAAACACUGGUGGGUUGCAGUGUGUGUAUUGCGGAUGUCUUGUGUGUUUGGGUUUAGGGGAGUAUGGUCCUUCGUCGGUCGCUUGACGAUGCGGGUGCGGUGCCGUUCCUGCAGGCCUUUGCACACCACCCCGUGGCCGGCCUCCACCACUCCCCCAUCACACAGAUCCUCGCCACACUCAUCAAGGCGCCCCCACCCACUGCCACUCAACCCUCCGCCUCCUCUGCCCAGCUGCCCUUUAACGUGGAGGCGCUGACCCCCCCGAGUGCCAAUCCCCCUGUGGGCGCAUCGCCGGCCUUCCCGGUGCGGCCCGCCACCUGGAACCCCACCCCACACAUUCGACGGCCAGCGCCAAGACCGUUCCCGUCGUCUCAUGCACAUCUGCAUCAUGCUGGCCAUCAUGUAGCUGACCCUGAAAGUGACAGGAGGGUGGCGGCGUCCCUCUCCCCGUCCGUCCGCCGGUGGGUGGUGCCCACCAAGGGUGAUGCGGCUCCAGCGGCUGUUGUCGAGUGCCCCCCGGUGCCACCGAGGAUGGCGGCAAUGGUAGCUGACCCACAGCAGCACCAUCAGCAGCACCAGCAGCACCAGCAGCAGCCGCGUGAUGCGUUCACCGACAUGAGGGCGGAAGCGCAUGAAGCGUGGGGCGGUGCGAGCGACUGGAGGGAGAGGGGGGAGGGUGACGGACACAACGACGGCCAUAGCAGGGGCAGGGAGAGGAGACGGAGAGGCCGCCACGGCCACGGCCAUGGCCAGGGCUACGGCGGCAGUGGUGGGGUGGAGAGUGUGCAGGAGGAGGAAAUGAAGGCCUGGUGGGACACCAAGGCGCUCACCAAGGACGGUAGGCACGCAGACAGAUAGGGAAAGCCUUCUAAACACAUGUCUAUCUAUCUGUUCGUAUGUAUCUGUUGGUCUGGUCUGGUUGUUAGGCGCGACGCUGUGUCGGUUGAGCCUCCCUGAUGAGCAGCAUGUUAGCAACAUCGGGUAGGGUACCAUAGAUAGAGACCACAGAGAGACCACACUGACAGCGUAGAGUCCUCAAUUCAUGUGUGUGUGUGUGUGUGUGUGUCGUCAUGCCUGCCUGGAUGCCUGGAUGGACGGAUGGACGGAUGGAUGGAUGGAUGCAUGCAGCGGUGACUUGAUCUACGGCACUUUGGACCAGACGCUCAACGCUUGUCGGUGUCUGCCUGAGACCAUACUCAUUGACUUCCCCCCCAUGUUCCUCAUCUAUAGAGACCAAAUCUGGCAGGUAAGGAAGGUACUGUGCACACAACGACUCGUGGAUGGGAUGGCUGCACGAGUGCAUUGUAUGUGUAUCUGUCGGUGUGAUCGUUCGUUCAGGCGUUGUGUGGCAUCACCAAGUUCGGCGGCCCUGCAGAGAUGGCCAUUCUGCUGCCUGCUCUCAAGGCGCUCGAAACCGCCAUUGGCAACAUCAAAAAGGUCAAGAAAGACCGCAUAGAUGACGCACAUACGAAGGCGUAGUCACCAAACACCCCCCCUCCCCUCCCGGCUGUAUGCUUGUGCCGUCCAGAGCGCCCUGUCAUCGUACCACCCCUCUGUGCGGGACAGCGACCCCCCCUCUGCCCUCGUCCGCCGCAUCGACAGAAGCGGCCUCAUCUGGCCGCUCCCCCCUCCCCUGUUUCUGCACCCCCUGCUGACCAUCCUCUUCGCCACGCCCCUCAAGACACCCCUCUCGGCGCCACACGCGUGCCGCAUCAUUCUCGACGCCCUCACUCUCAUGAGCGUCCUCACACACGCCAGGAGGGCCGAGAGGCGGGGCGAUGCCGGAUGGACAGGGGACCACCGGUGUGCGGCCAUCACGUACCCGCCAGGAGGUCUGCUGCACUACGCCCGGCUGCUGGGGGAGGCCGUCGAGCAGCACUUCCCCAAUCCGCAGCAUAUUGCCGACGCCAUCCCCUCCCUCCGGCCCCUCAUGAGGAUCACAGCAGCCAUCCUGCGAGAGGCUGAGCCCGCCCUCAACACAGACGACAGCCUCGCGCCGCUCAAGACCUUCCCGUGGACAUCCCUCCAGCGCCGAUUGCUGGAGCUGGCGAUCGGAUUUCUGGACCGGCUGACCGAUGAGGAUUGCGUGAAGGCCAUGUGUCUGGAGAGCGGGCGGCUGGCGGGGUGGCUGAGGGUGGUGCUGUGGGACGCCAGGCUGCAGUGGAGGGAGGGGGGGAGGGGGGUGGAGAGGCUGGUGGCACUGGUAGCACCGGAGGACAUCGAGGCGCACAGGUGAAUCAAACGCACUGGCGCGUUUGCCCACGAGGCGGAGUCUGGCCAAUCUCUCUCUGCGUCUCCCCGAACAGGCAUGUGGUGGCCCUCCGGCAGGCGGCCGAGCGUGUGCACGACCCAACAUCAGAACCGUCCUCCCCCCUGCCAGGCGGCCACCCUACCCUCUCCCUACUGCUGCUCACACACCCGCCCCCGCCCCCGCCAUCCAGCGACAUGGACCAAGACGACCAAUUCGCCACAGCCGACCCCACAGAGCGCACCGUGCACGCGGCCAUCCACCGCGUCUGCUUCGAGACCGUUGACGCUUUCCGGACACUGCAGGAGGGGGCGGAGGACGACACCGACUACAGAGUGUGCCUGUCGUAUUUGCUGCGGGUGGUCACGUGCCCGCAGGCAUCGGUGCGGCGGGCGUGCUUCGAGUGGGUGAGGGGGCGGCUGGAGCGGGAGAGCGAUGUGGCCACGGAAAGGGCGCUGAAGGGCCUGCUGGCGAGCCAGGACUUCCUGUACGAGGCCGCGGUCCACGGCGGCACAGAGGGCGCGCAGAUGGCCCACUGGCUGUGGGGCGCACUCGACGCCACCGCCCUUGAUGGCGACAGUGACACCGAGGGCAUCAGCCACUUCUGCCGCACCUUCCUGGAGACCUGGGACCCCCUGCACGACCAGCACCUGCCGAUAAUCCCCCCCGACCCACUGCAUCCUUCCCUCCCUCACGACGAGCACCGCUGCCUCAUCCAGCAGCUGUUCGCCAAGCAGGACGACGCGAGACGCAAGGCCGCCAUGGUGCUGUGGAGCACCGAGGGGGGGCAGGAGGGAAUCGGCGGUGUGAGUGGUAGUGGUAGUGGCGGCGCUAAGAGGUCGCCUUUCGCCUUUGUGAGCGACCCAUGGGGCAGUGUGCAGGAGUACUGGGGUGCGAGGGGGAUGGGCGAGAUGGAGCACUACCGGACGGCUGGGCUGGAGUGGCGCGACAAGGAUGUCAGGGAGCAGGUCAACGCCUUCGCCAAAGACACGUAAGUCACCAGCAACACACACACGCACACACACACACAGAGCUGCCAUGUGUGUCAAUCAAUCAGGUUUGAUUCGGGCAUGCUUGCCAAGGCCCUGACGAACGUGACGAUGACCCUGGUGUCCUGCCCCACCCCCGCAGCCUCCCUCCUGCUCCAUCCCUCUCCCCCAGACAUGCCCCCACUGCUGCCCCUAGUCCUGCACACCCUCGAGAAGACCGUCAACCACAUACAGCAGCGACACAGGAACGGCCCCCCAUCACCCACUGGCAUCGCGCCCCCGGCGCUGUUCAUCCGGCUGCCGGCAGACGAGGAGGCGACCAACGACCAGAAGCUGGUGCUGCAGGCGUGCCGCUUCUACACGCUGCUGCUGCUGACCUUCCGGCCGCUCUCGGCGGUGGGGCAGGCAGUCCUGGACCAGACGAGGAGUUUGAUGGUGGUGCUGCCGCUGUUCGCCUUCCACCAGCAGCCGGAGGUGCGGUGCGCGGCGCUGCAGCUGCUGGCGGCACUGGUGUUCCACCCCGAUGCCGUAUGGGCCCUCGAUGGGCGCAUGUGCCCUGAGAGAGGGCUGGAGAGCUACCUCUGUGGCAAGACGUCCGUGCGGCCGCCCAUCUCCCCCCCGCCCCGGCACGUGACGCCGUUCAGCCCAUUCAGCGCCUCACCGUCUCAAGCGUCAUCCCAUGAGGCGGAGGAGGACCGGUCCCUCCCGCCGCUGGAGUUCUACGUGCCGCCAUGGUUCGAGACUGCCUACAGCGUCCCCCUCCCCACCCAGGUCCCGCCAUGCCCCAGCCCAUCUGCCCACUUCUGGAAGAACAGAAGGGCGACUGGCAUCACCGACCAGGCCCUGUUCCUCGCCCGGGCGCUCAUCCACUUCGACAAGACCGCCGAGUUUGGCGAUGAGGCGCUGGGUUCGUCGUCGGGCGAUGCGCCGCUGAGCGAGAUGAAGGGCGGCGAGCGGCUGCUGACGCCGCAUGAGGCCCAGCGGAUGGUCGACGGGAGCCCCGAGAGCGCGUCGCUCAUCGACCAAAUGGCCACUGCAUUCCACACGCCCCCAUCCGUCCCCAACACGCAGCCUCGCCUCAAGACGGCUGACAAGGGAGAGCCCCCGCUGCACCCGACCGUCAUCCGCUUCACAGAGGCCAUGCGCAAGACCGUCAGCCUUCUUGAAGCCCUUCCACCCGUCCCCCCUCCCCACAGUGAGGCAUUGUCGGGACUGGAGGGUCUGCAGGAGGCGUGUGCGGCCAAGGGCGGCCUGGCGGGGUUUGUGUGGGGGUGUGCUUCCUUCCUGGCCGACGAGAUGCAGAUGGAGGAAGUGGUGAAAGAGGGAGAGGGAGGAGAGGGGGAGGGGGAGGGUGGUGGCGACGGCAGCUACUGGCACGUGUGUUGGCGUGUGCCGCGGCAGCAGCGGCUGCCGGUGCCAUCUCGGUAUGGCCAUGGCCGGAAGAGAGGCGUGUGGAGUGACUAUGGCCGUGACCUAGAGCUGCUGAUCGGUGCACUGGAUGUGGUGGUGCACUUCCUGAGGCGGCCGGAGCUGGACAAGGCCGUCUGGGGGUCAGAAGGUGAGAUUAAGAAACACACGUGGUCCUGAAGUCGUGCAAUUUUGGUCUAGUCUGCAUUUUGCAUUAUAUUCCACUGUGUGUGAUCCCCCGGUCAGAGUGGCUGGAGUGUUUGGUGCGUUUGCUGGAUGUCACGGAGCGGCGACCUGACCUCCGGCAGCUCAGGUGACAGACACACCAACCAACCACACCAAGCCAUUCCCGUCUUCCUCCGCAAUCUCACCGUAUGUUUGUGUUGCGUCUCUGGCUGCAAACAGACAUCUGGUCUUCUCGGCCACAUCCCUGCUGCCCCUCUCAGACAUAGCCGACAUAGAAGUCAGCCGCCUGGAGCAGGAAGCCAUCGCAGCGGCAACAUGUCCGGAGAACCGCGACGACGACAAGAAUGGCACCGACCCCCCUCCCCCGACUCUCCCAUCCCCCAGCCCUCCCCCCGCCCACCGUCCGAGGCUUCUGCUCAUCCUCUCCCACUUCCUACGGUCGCAGCACGGCCGCAAGGACAGCCGCAUCGGAUCUUCCGCCGUGCUCGCGGCCCUUCUCGCGGUGGAGCAGGUGGUGGUCAAGGGGCCGCUAGAGACGGCGAGUGAGGCGCUCGUGAGUGCGGUGGAGCCGCUGACGGAGCACGUCAGUGGCGCGAUCCGUGCACAGGCGUGGCGGACGCUGAGGGCGACGCUGAUGGCUGUGGAGAUCACGCAGGACACGCACACUCUUGCCUAUGCCCUGCGGUUCCAGCUGGAGGGGCCGACACUCCACGCCGUGGACAUUCUCGUGGAUGAGGGACCGAUGCUCGAGCUGACCGAACGCAAUGACGACCACACCGAUGGCCAUCACCACCAUGACGAGCAGGGGGACGACACCCACAGCAUAGCUGACGGCGAGGCGCCACGUGCUCCAUCUCACGAGAGCAAGAUGGGCGUGAAGGUGUGCCACGACUCCGGUGACAAGUGGCUGGAGGUCACGGAGGCGGCGUCGUUUCUCGCUGAUGUGUGGGUGCGGUAUGCCCGGCAACAGGAGACCCUCUCCCUGCCGACACACACACACGACAGCAACGGGCAGCAGCCAACGGACCCGAGCGAAGGAACAGAGGGAGAUGCAGACACCCCCCUCGUCACCACAAACACACACACCGGCCCCAUCGAGCAGAUCGUCCACCGGCUCUCGUCGACCCCCUUCCUCUGUCGCCGUGUGCCGUACCUCCUCAUGAGCCCCGCAGCGUCCCUCCGGCUCAAGACGGUGACGGUUCGGCUGCUGCGUAUGACGCUGAGGGAGGCAGACGUGACCGUCAUGGCCUGUCUGGAGAGCGCACUGCCCUUCAGAGCAGCGGCAGCAGACGAUACUCAUGGUGGUGGAGGUGGUGGUGAUCCGUGCAGUCCGUUUCGGUUUUUGUCGGUGUGGGAGCUGAUGGCCAUGACACUGAGGGAGGUCGCCAGGGAUGGCGGGGAUGGGGGCGAUAUCGACAAGACCAACCUCGGUACCCAAACACACAUACACACACAGGAGAGUCGAGUGCCGUCCUGCCCGCCUUCCCUGUUCCGGUGUUAGGCCUGGAGAUAGUGUGGUUCGCAUCAGAGGUGGUGCUGCGUCAGCCCGACCAGCUGUCCCUCAUCGCAUACACCAGCAGCCGCACCACACACACCAACACCGAUACCGUCACCAACACCACCACUGACAGAGGGAGGGGCCCUGCGGUCGACGGCCAGCCAGACGAGCCCCUCGCCGUCGCCUUUGGCACCUUUCUCACCGCGUCAUCACACAGGCUGGAGCGUCAUCUCGCCCUCACACAAGACAGUCCCCCCGCCCUGCGCGCGAUCGAGGCGCAGCUGCGGGCCCUCAUCACGGCUCUCACCAACCUUCUCGAGGCCACCGAGCACGCCGCCGACGGCAACGGGGAGCAGCAGGCCUGGGCGCACACCCUCACGGCGUGGCUGUGGAACACACACGCCCUCGCAUCCUUCAUUUUACUGUGUCUGGGGGGUGUCGACGACAUGAAGGCCACCAAGGCUGGAGGAGGUGGUGGGGUGAGGCUGGGUGAGGGGGUGCUCAAGGGCGCCAUGGGGCUGCUCACUCGGGUGCUGGAGCUGUGCGCCUGUCUGGACGUGCCGGUCGCCUUGGACAAGGCCACACAAGACGCCCUCUGCCGGCGUCUCUGCCUGCACGUCCGCGAGUGGCUUCACGAGACCUGGACCUCACUCUUCCUCCUCCACCACUCCCACCACCCACCCCACCAGCAGGCAGACCCCCACCCCCUGCUGCUUACCGCCGGCCAGGCCCUCACACACGUCAUCCACACCCUCCCCGCCACAGCGUCAGUCGUCAUUCAGAUGGACCUGCCGGCGACACUGGAGCGGCAGGUGGACAAGAUCACCCGCAGCAAGGGACUGCUCGAGGCGGGGCUCCUCGAGACGGCCACAGAGCUGCGGCCGCUUGACGGCCAUCCAUAUGGCAAGAGGGGCGGUGUGAAGGGCAGCAGGGAGGGGCAGGAGGGUGCUGGUGGUGGUGGUGGUGGUGGCAAGGAGAGGGAGAGAGAGGUGGCGGGGCCCACGGCUGCUUACCUGAACCUGUUGGUACUGUUCAUCAGGUGGGUGCCGAUGCAGGAUUGCGCCGGUUGUCUUGUAUGUGUGUGUGUGUGUGUUGUCAGGUUAUUUGGUGCGGUGUUGACGUCCUCCCCGGCGGCCAUGCGUCACGCCUUGGUAGUGUCGUCCGUGUCGCAGAGCCUGCUGGUGCGGGUGGUGUGGGCCUGCUGGAAGAUAGCUCUCCUUCACGAAGACGUCAUGACGGAGGUAGGCAUUGCACUGCACACAUCCCCCCUCGCCAUGUCUGUCUCCAUAUCCAUCCAUCCAUGCGUGCAGAUAUUAGACCUCCUUCUCGGCUGCCUCGCCACCAAGUUCUCCCUCGACGACCAUCCCCCGCCCCCUCCCACAGACCAGCCCGACACAGACGACAGAGAGGAGCAGGGCCAGGGCCCCCCCAGCCCCACACGCGACCCCGAGCAGAGCUCUCUCGACGACCGCCUGCGCUCCCAGACGGCCAGGCAGCUGUACAAGAGCCAGUUCCUGUCGACCCUCAUGGCGUUCGUGUCGCGGCAGCUGCAGCUGCAGAUGGUGGUGUCGUCAUCUUCACCGCCGUCAUCGAGUGUGGGCGGGAGCGUCAAGGGGGCCGGCGGCAAAGCACCUGGGGAGAGGGAGAGGGACAAUGGCGUUCGUGUGGGCGGUGUGGCCAUGACUGUUGGGUGGCCGUCACUCAAGGAGGGCGGAGGUGGGGGUGCUGGUAGUGGUGGUGCUGGUGGAAAUGAGGUGUCCACGGCAACACUUUGCAAGCAGCUGCAGGUGGACGAGUGGGCGGAUGGGCAGAGAGAGGCACAAACGCGCCAAGAACCACACACGGACUGGAUUAUCCAUGUGUGGUGUGUUAUGCCUCCCCCCUCCCUCUCUCUCUCUCUCUCUCUGUCGUGCAGGUGCUGAGUGUGUGUGUGGACGACUCUUUCGACAGCCGGCCAGAGCUGCUGCGCUUCAUCGCCACCCUCGUGGACUCCCUCCGCCAGAUGCUCUCACGGCGGGCAUACACAUCGGCGUCUUUCAUCCCCACGGGCCAGGCGCAGCGCAUGCUCGCCAUCAUGCAGUUCCUCUCGUGCGGCGCCCUCUCCAGCCAGGCCGACGGGCGCAUGGCCGCGCUCAUACUCGGCCUAUCACGGCCAGCAGGUCAGUGAAGUGAGGCGGAAAGAGACACCAGCACGGUGUGUGGUCUGUCUGUCGGUCAGGGAGUGGUCAUGUGUUCAUCACGGACGCCUCCCCGUCUGCUGCUACCGGCCAGGCGACGGCCGUCGUGCCCACCGCCAGCAGCACCAAAUCGACAGAGGGGCUGGAGAUCUGGCUGGAUCUCAUCAACGACACCACAAACCUCCCCGACGCCAUACGCACAGCAGCCAGACAGCAGCAACAGCAACAGCAACAGGCCAACACCAGUAGCAGCGGCGCUGCAAUCAUUCUGGACCCCCAGGCGCCCACAGGCACCACCCACACCAGCAGCAUCUUGCGAAUGCUGCCCAGGAGCCGCACACAGCCGAGGGAUAAGGAGAGGGAGAGGCCAUCGCCACCAUCCGGCGGCCAGGCAGCCGACAGGAGGCGGCGUCACAACACAGUGCGGCAGGUGUGCUGCAUCGCGCGUGCCAAGGCGGCGGCGCUGCGGGUGAUGGUCAGCCUGAUGCUCUCCCCCUCCUGCCGCGAGCUGAGGCGCAACACCCUCCUGCUUCUCAAGAGCCACCGACACACCCUCCCGUCGCUCACAGGCUGCGUCGCACUCUCUGUCGGCGUGGGCGUCGGGGUGGGCAGCGGCAGCAGCAGCAGUCGGGAUGGUGGCCGUCACAGUGGGUUCUACAUGGACGUCCUGUGCAACGCCCUGCAGCUGCUGGUGGUGAUCCUGCAGGAGGACUCGCGAGCGGUCACGUCGGCGAGGAAGGAGAGGGACUUCGUGGAGGCCCUGGGCAGCACCAGGGCCCGACUGCUGGAGGGGGAUGUGGAUGUGGCGCGUUGGUGUGAGGUGGUGUGGGAGAUGGUGGGCGGGGGGGAGGAGAGAGAGAGGGAGGAGCAGGAAGCGCUGCAGGAGUGCACACACUGACCGAUGGCUUGGUACUGUCGAUAGAGAGAGAGGAGAUAGCAUAGCAUAGCUAGGAUGGCAGUUAACACAACAAACUGUCACCGAGUGUACAGGCAUACAAAUGGAAUGGAUGAGUUAG